AUGACAGAACAUAAUGUAGUCGCCUCGACUACAAAGUCUAAAGAGACUUCAAAUGAUUCGCCGGAUGGAGCGACGCCGCAGAAUUCACCAAGAUUUGAGAGGGGGCCAAGGUUCUGGGCCAUCAUUGUCGUCCUCGCCAUCAUCAGCCUCCUCACAACACUGGAAGGCACAGUUACAUCGACAAUCAUGCCAUCUGUCGUUGACGAUUUGGGUGGUGGAGAACUGUUUAUAUGGGUUUCCAACGCAUACUUUCUGACCAUAGCCAACAGUAUGGCUGCCAUGAUUGCCGGUCGAGCGUUACAAGGCGUCGGAGGCGCAGGCAUCGGCGUUCUUUGCGAGAUUGUCAUCUGCGACCUUGUGCCACUCCGCGACAGAGGCACCUAUAUGGGUGCCGUGCUUGGUAUGGUCGGCAUUGGAGCCGUUCUCGGGCCUCUCUUUGGCGGCCUGCUCGUCAGCUACAGCACCUGGCGCUGGGCCUUCUACAUGAGUCUACCUAUUGGUGGUGUUGCCGUUGUGCUUCUUUUUGCCUUUUUGAAAGUCAAGUAUGACAAAUCUCAGACGUGGGCCACCAAGUUCUCAAGCCUGGACUGGCUGGGCAACUUCCUCUUCAUCGGCGGCUCUGUGCCAGUGCUAAUUGCCCUUGGCUGGGCGGGAGGCCAACACUCGUGGUCGUCAUAUCAGGUCCUGGUGCCGCUUCUGGUUGGCCUGGCCACGAUGAGCGCAUUUGUUGUUAUCCAAGGUAACGAGCGUCUUACGCCCAAUCCCAUCAUGCCCCUUCACCUCUUUAACAACUCCAUCAGUUCUGCUGUCUUUCUCAUCACAUUUCUGCACGGCAUCGCUACCAUGUGGGUGCUCUACUUCCUCCCAGUGUACUUCCAAGGUGUUCUCGGCGUAUCUGCCUACAGAGCAGGCAUCUACCUUCUCCCCACCAUCCUGGCACUUCUCCCAGGCGCCAUCAUAGGCGGCUUGCUUCUCAGCAAGUUUGGUCGCUACAAGCCCAUUCUUGUCUUUUGCUUUGCCACUGUCGCUAUCGGCUUCGGUAUAUUCACGCUCCUGGACGAGAACUCAAGCACGGGUGUCUGGGUGGGCUUCCAGAUAGUCGAGUCCUUUGGCGCAGGCGCUGGCAUUGCAGCCAUGCUCCCGGCGCUGCUCGCACCACUGACUGACAAGGACACCGCGCUGGCGACGGCCACGUUUGGCUUCAUGCGCAGCUUUGGCGUCAUGUGGGGUGUCGCCAUCGCCGGUACCGUCUACACCAGCCGCGCCGCCCAGCUAGCGGGCUCGGGGGCGAUCAACGAUCCCGCAGUAACGGCCAAAUUUAAGGCCGGUGGGGCGUACGGUGCUGCACAGUCUCGAUUUCUGGAGCUGCUCUCGCCACAGAUACGUGCUCAGGUAAUUUCUGUGCAGAGCACCGCUCUCAGGCGGACCUGGCAAGUUGCCAUUGCUUUCGGCGCGGUUGGUCUCAUCGCCGCUAUAGUUAUGAAGCAGAUGCCGCUUAGAAAAGAGAACAAAACCGAAUUUGGCAUGGUGGCUAAGGACAAGCUUACCGACGAGGAGGCAAAUGAUACGACCGAGAAGGAAGCCCCAGCGACUGGGUCGUGA